GCCAAGAAUCAGAAGAAGACGAUUCCGAAUGAAGGAUAUGUGAUAGAGCAGUGUGUGGAGCACAAAGAUGUUCACCUUCGUCAUAAAUGUUUAUAAUUUCGGGGCAUGAAAUAAGUUGUUAAUGAGAGCAGCAUGAGGACUGUGCUGAGGCUGAAGCGGCUAAUGCCAGAAGUGAUGUGGACCGUAUGGGGAAACAGAUCCUGCUCAAACUCUUCCAUCCGGAGACUGGAGUCAAACACAUCCAUCCUUAAACAUCUUAUUUCCAAAAUCACUGCCACAGGCCCAAUUUCAGUAGCCGAGUAUAUGAGGGAGGCACUCACUAAUCCAGUGUCGGGAUAUUACGUGAAAAAUGACAUGCUUGGAGCAGGAGGUGAUUUUAUUACGUCACCAGAAAUCAGUCAGAUUUUCGGUGAGCUGUUGGGUGUCUGGUGUGUCAGUGAGUGGAUGGCAGCGGGGAAAUCCAGUGUGUUCCAGUUAGUGGAGCUCGGACCAGGUAGAGGUUCAUUAGCCAGUGACAUCCUGAGGGUUUUCAGUCAGUUAAAAGCUGUCCUGGGAGAGACAGAAAUCUCUGUUCAUCUUGUGGAGGUCAGCCCAAAGUUAAGCCAACUUCAGGCCAAAUGUCUAACUGGAAAUCAGACUUGGACAUGUAAUGAUGAUCAGCCUGUUUACCGCAGUGGGACCACAUGUACUGGCCUGCCUAUAUACUGGUACCACAGGAUAGAGGAUGUCCCGAGGGGUUUUAGUGUCUUCCUUGCCCAUGAGUUUUUUGAUGCAUUACCCAUUCACAAGUUUCAGAGAACAGAGAAAGGCUGGCGGGAGGUGAUGGUUGAUAUUGAUCCUGAAAGUCCAGAAAAACUGAGAUUUGUGGUUUCUCAAAGUCCUACACUGGCCUCCAGCAUGCUUAUACAAAAAGAUGAAAACAGGCAGCAUGUGGAAGUGUGUCCAGAAGGUGGAGUCAUUGUUCAGAAACUGGCCAAUCGGAUUGCUGAUGACGGAGGCGCAGCAUUGAUUGUAGACUAUGGGCAUAAUGGAACAAAAACUGAUACUUUCAGAGGCUUUAAAGGCCAUCAACUCCACAAUGUCUUGGAGGCACCUGGCAUGGCAGACUUGACAGCAGAUGUGGACUUCAGUUACCUGAGGAAAAUUACAGGAAAUCAGGUGACCUGCUUGGGACCCAUCACACAAAGAUCCUUCCUGAAGAACAUGGGCAUUGACUCCCGCCUGCAGGCCCUCCUGAAGAGCUGUCAUGACCCCUCCACCAGAGCACAGCUCAUCAACAGCUAUGACAUGCUAAUCAGCCCUGAGAAAAUGGGACACAGGUUUCAGUUCUUCUCUAUGCUCAGUCGAGGUCGGUUGGCUCAAAGGAAAGGGAUGCAGAAGGACACAGCGCCGUUGCCCGUGGCGGGCUUUGCUGAGCUGAACAUGCAAUGAAAAGACUGUAAAUGGACAUGUUCUGAAAAACUAGACAACUAGAUGUAAUCUUGUGCUACAGACAUGCAUUAGACUGUACUGAUUGUUCAGUUGAGUUGAAAUAAAUACUUUAUUGUUUAA